AUGUGGACGCCUUACAUGUAUUUCGCUUGGAGGUUCUGCAAAAAUGGUGGUUUGUGUAAAGUCUUGCACAACGAAUUUUGGGAAGGGGUUGAGGUGGGGUCUCCGAGUAAGGGCAGCUCAGGGUUUGAGGAGCUCUUGGGGAUAAAAGCACUGCAGCAGCAUAUGUGUCAUCCAAAGGACAUUACUGGGGUUGCUUACCAUCGGUCAUACCCUUUAUUUGCCUCGUGCUCGGAUGAUUGCACGGCAUAUGUUUUUCAUGGCAUGGUUUAUUCUGAUCUAAAUCAGAACCCUCUGAUUGUUCCUUUGGAGAUCCUUCGAGGGCAUUCAAGUGCUGAUGGACGAGGAGUUUUGGAUCUCAAGUUCCACCCGAGACAACCUUGGUUGUUCACAGCGGGUGCAGAUUCUUUGAUCAAGCUCUAUUGUCACUAA